GCCGGGCUGGACUACAAGUCCCGGCAGCCCCCGCGGCGCCCGGCCCCGCCCCGGCCUCACGGGUGGCGACGAGCCGAGUUCCCGGCGAAUCCCCGGCUGCCCGGCCGGCCUCGGGGGGCUGGGGACAUGGCCAGAAGGGCCGUCAAGCUCGCUUCAUGGACCGGCGUGGCUCUUGCCACCUCUGGCUUCUACUACUACGGCAACAAAUACUUGGACCCUAACGACUUUGGCGCUGUCAGGGUGGGCAGGGCCGUGGCCACGACAGCUGUCAUCAGUUACGACUACCUUACCUCCCUGAGGAGCGUCCCCUAUGGCUCUGAGGAGUACGAGCAGCUGCGAUCCCAGGUGCACCUGCGCUCUGCCCGGCGCCUGCGCGAGCUCUGCUGUGCCAACCGGGGCACCUUCAUCAAGGUGGGCCAGCACCUGGGCUCCCUGGACUACCUGCUGCCCGAGGAGUACACCAGCACGCUGCGGGUGCUGCACAGCCAGGCCCCGCAGAGCAGCCUGCGCGAGGUCUGCCAGGUCAUCCGCGAGGAGCUGGGCAAAGAGAUCCACGAUUUGUUCGUGAGCUUCGAUGACACCCCGCUGGGGGCGGCCUCGCUGGCACAGGUCCACAAGGCGGUGAUGCAUGAUGGGCGGACGGUGGCCGUGAAAGUGCAGCACCCGAAGGUGCAGACGCAGAGCCUGACGGACAUCCUGUUGAUGGAGAUGCUCGUCCUGGCUGUGAAGAAGCUAUUCCCCGACUUUGAGUUCAUGUGGCUGGUGGACGAAGCUAAGAAGAACCUGCCUUUGGAGCUGGACUUCCUCAACGAAGGGAGGAAUGCAGAGAAAGUGGCCCAGAUGCUCAAGCACUUCGACUUCUUGAAGGUGCCCCGGAUCUACUGGGAGCUGUCCACCAAGCGGGUACUGCUGAUGGAGUUUGUGGAUGGCGGGCAGGUCAACGACCGGGACUACAUGGAGAGGAACAAGAUCGACGUCAACGAGAUCUCACGGCACCUGGGCAGGAUCUACAGCGAGAUGAUCUUCGUCAACGGCUUUGUGCACUGCGACCCCCACCCGGGCAACGUGCUGGUGCGGAAGUGCCCCGACACGGGGAAGGCCGAAGUGGUCCUGCUGGACCACGGACUCUACCAGGUGCUCUCCGAGGAGUUCCGCCUCGAUUACUGCCACCUAUGGCAGGCGCUCAUCUGGAGGGACAUGAAGGGGGUGAAGGAGUACAGCCAGCGCCUGGGCGCCGGUGACCUCUACCCGCUCUUCGCCUGCAUGCUGACGGCCCGCUCCUGGCACUCGGUCAAGAGGGGCAUCGGCCAAGCUCCGGUCACUGCCUCGGAGGACUUGGAGAUCCGCAGCCACGCGGCCAACUACCUCCCCCAGAUCAGCCAGCUGCUCAACCACGUGCCACGCCAGAUGCUGCUCAUCUUCAAGACCAACGACUUGCUGCGUGGCAUUGAGGCCUCUCUGGGCACCCGUGCCAGUGCCAGCUCCUUCCUGAACAUGUCGCGCUGCUGCGUGAGGGCGUUGACCAGACACAGGAUGAAGACUGCCCGUUCCCUCCUCAGGCGGGCCCAGAUCUCCCUCAGCGAGGCCUUCCACCUGUGGCAGAUCAGCCUCCACGAACUCGUCCUGCAUGUGAAGGGGCUGAGGCUGGCCAGCUGCCUCCGGGCUCUGCUUUCCUGGCUACGUCCUGCACCCCACUGAGUGGGCUUGCUGGCCCCCGGAUUCUUUCCUCGCCUCACUCCUGCGUCCCCAACUCUCCCCCGGUGACCUGGAGGCCUGGGGCCAGGUGGUGCUCUGAAGCUGCACCCCCAAGACUCCCCUCCCACAGGACAGCUGGGGUCUCACCCCACCAGUCUUCCCAAGCCCUUGGUUUCUCCCCUCACUGGGGGAGAAGGCGAGAUGGGUUUGCUCACUCCCAGGUGUGCCUUUGGGCUGGGUGACCCCCCCCCCCCCCAGCACCAAGAACCAUCCACAAGCCCCUUUGUAGGUACUUUGGAAGGAUCAAAAGUUUGGUUCUCUUGCGGGGGAGCAUGGUGUAACUUUCACUGAUGACCUGCGCCUCCACUUGCUCUGUCCCUCCCUGGCAGUGUCCCUCCCUCACCACCCGCAGGGCUGAUUUGGCAACAGGGGCAGCAGCUGCGCCAUCACUGCAAUCACGGUGACCCCAUUGAUGUUACUUGUUCUGUGUUUUAAUGGAAACUCCUUCUGGGUCGCCGAGCAGAGCUUGGUUGGUGGAAUUUUUGUUCUUGGCAGGAGCCUUCCUUUGGCUACUAGCUGCAAAGGGACCUGAUUGCCGUUUGCCACUGUCAUCUGCCUGACUUCUUGUGCCCUAAACCUCGCCCCUUUCCACGGGGCAGCCGCUUCCUGCUUCCAAAGGCUCCGACCUGGGUUGGAGGAGUCAGGGAGCCCGAGACCAGGAAUUCAGUGAUGCGGCGCCAAAGACCCUGAGCGCUAACGCCCGGUGCUCAUCUUGGGAAUGAUCUGGCACCCGCCUUGUUCUACUCCUUGCUCCCAGGGUUAGCUGGUGACCCCAACCCAGGAGACUGUGGUUGUUGUUGGUUCAGGGAUCUGAGUCUGGCUUCUUACUGACUGUCCUUCCCCUGCCCACACCGCCCCUUUCCACUUCGUCAUCUGCUCCUGACUCGGGACACUCCUGUGCCCGUGCCCUCUCCAGGUCCCCCACACCCUAGAUUUGGCAGGUUCCGGCACUCGCCUUGUGCUCGCAGGCAGUCAUUAUAUUUGAGUCUCUCUGAUCUUCCUGUGUCCCCCCUCCGCACUCCUCCCUCCCCUCCCCCCCCCACACCUGUUCCUAACACAGGAGGCAGAUUUCCCACUGCCCAGAGAUGAUUUGCACUUCCGUUAUUUCCUGAAAGAAUUCUUGGUUCUUAGUGACCAGUCAGAGGCACCCGGGGACCCGAGAGAGUGAUUUUCAAGAUCUGUUAUUAAUCAUGAAAAUGCCUGCUGCAUAUUCUAUUUUAUGGUGUCUUUUAUAGCCAACAGAGUAAAUAUAAAUGUCCUUUUGGUUCAA